AUGGGUUGCCUCUGGGCGGCUGCAUUGACGCGGGCAGGCACUGAAGCGCGGCUGUUGCUGCGACCCAACUCUGGCAAGCUUGCAGCUUGCAAGUCAGGGAAAGUCCUACUGCGAGUGGACGGGCACCGAAGCAACGGUGAAACAUCGCCAGUUGCAGUCCAUGCCGGAUCGGUGUCGGGACCCGGAGAAGAUGUUCAUCAGGUGUUAGUAGCAACAAAGGCUUACUCUGCCAUGCAAGCUUUGGAGAUGUUGGCGCCACGACUGAAGACAGGUGCCGUUAUUAUCUUGCUGUCGAACGGAGCACUUGCCCUGCAUGAGCAGAUCGUCCAUGGGGCGGGUCUAAGCCUAGGCCACGUGCACCUGAUGCUGGGCAUCACGACGCAUGGGGCGUGGUCUCGGGCCCCUUUCGACAUCGUGCAUGCAGGAUGGGGCCAGACUAGGUUCGGCACCACUGAAGCUCAGGAGGAUUGGUAUUUUUCCACUUUGCAAAGCUUGGAGACUGCCGGGCUUGGAGCUGUCAAUGAGGGACCCAACAUUGCACGCUGCUUGUGGCUGAAGCUGGCGGCAAACGCUGCCAUCAAUCCGUUGACGGCCCUGCAGAACAAGCCAAAUGGCUUCAUCUUAUCGUGCAUGGAAGCACAAGCGCAAGUAUCCCAGAUCUGCAGAGAAAUUGCUGCGGUUGCGGGCGCACUGCAACCAAACCAAAGGGAGCAGCUCUCCAGUUUCGAAUUGGAGAAUUUUGUCUUCCGAACGGCACGGGAAACAGCAGAGAACCGCUCCUCCAUGUUGCAGGACAUGGAAGCGGGCAGGCUUACUGAGAUCGACUACUUAAACGGAUGGGUCGCUCGCAAGGCCAAGGAACUGGGAGUGGAUGCGACCGUAAACGCCCAUGUGACAGCGCUAGUCAAAGAAAAGGAAUCGGCAGCGUCCGCUACAAAAGAGUAA